UCGAUUAAUCACAUGAAUAGAUAGAAUAAUUGAUUAUUAAAAUAACCGGUAGCCCUCCAAAUCACCCAACAUAAAACCCAGUGCAACCAACUGUCUAUAUAGUAAAAGUCACCAAGUUAAUAAAUGGAGUUUACCUUAUCUUAGUAUCAAUACAGUAUCUUAGGAUAACAAGUUUGUUAAAUAUUAGCAAAAUCACUAAAACUAACAAGUGGAACAGUUUAAAACAUUAUUAGGUUGAUAUAUCAUAAACCUGGAGCAUCUUUUGGAGCACUGUUUAACAUGUGGCGGAAAGCUAAAACUUCACAAUACCGUGAAUACACCAUAUCCACCACUAAGGGUGGUGGUGGCAGCAUUAUGCUGUGGAGGAUGCUUGUGCUUGACAGGAAAGAUGGUCAGAGUGGAUGGGAAAAAUAUUUGGGGUCAAAUACAGGACUGGGUGGAGGUUUGUAAUCCUAAACAAACUACCAGAAAUGUUAUAGAAUGGUCUAUAUCAAAGCAUAUUUAUGUGUUAGAAUGGCCUAGUAAAAGCACAGCCUGAAAUCCUAUUGAGAAUCUGAUGCGGAGAUUAAAAAAAAUAAAUACAAAAGCUAUUUAUCAAUCCAAUCUGACUUAACUUCAGCUAUCUAAGAAAGGCAAAAAAAUUAGUUGACGAUUAUUUCUUAGUGGUUCCAAAGUGGGUUGAAUAUUUAUUUAAUUUUUUUGCUAAGUUCUAUACUAAUCCAUGUUUUUUUUUUUUUUCAGAUUGCUUUUUGUAAAAGCAUUCAUGUUCACAGUUAUGUGCUGCUUUGUGUUGCUCAACACAUAAAACACAUUGACGUUUGUGGUUGGGACGUAAUGCUAAAACAUUUAUGUGGUACCAAUGCAAUUUCUAGGAAUAGCAGGUUCUUCCACCUAUGGAAAUGCAUAAAUUAUGAGCACAGAAGUUCAAAAAGUUCACUGAGAGAAAAUUUGAGGAGACAAUUCUGAAAUAAUAUGCAAACAAAGCCCGUUGCGGAGUAUCGAACAUAAAUAAAAGCAUUCAAGAGUUCAGUAAUCAAAAAGUUGCUUCCCAAGUAUGUCUGAAUAAACACAUGUUCCAACAACAAGAAGAAACGUAUGUAAAAAGGAAACCAAUAAAUCAACUAUUCCUUGGGCGAGUUGUAUACUCAGUAUUAGUUAACAGCGAAAGAAAAAAGUAUUACCCCAAACUAUACUGUCAUAAAACGAGAAACAAAGUUUGUCUUUCUAUGAUAUAAUUAUAAUACAAAUGGUCUGAUCAAGAGAAAGUUGUUCUCUUGACCAGAUCACAUCUAAACAGCAAAGGGAAUGUGAGAUUUAAAUAGAUGUCAAAAGAGCUAACUCCCAUCACGGCAAAUGGUAGCUCUCUUAGCAUUAUAAAAGAAAAACUAAGCUCUGUAUCAUAUGUCGAUUGUAACUUGGAAGUAGUGGGCGUGUGAAUCGUGAUUUUAACAGUGACAAUUAAAACAAAACCUGUCCUCAAACAGUUGAGCAUAUUUAAUAGCGGUAAACUGGAGUUAGCCUAGUCGGCCUAGUCUCUGGUGAGGGAUUCGGGAUUUGUAUUGUUUUGCGUUGACGCUGCUGCUACACCUUUUCUCCGUUGGUACUUAAAGAAUUUGCGACGAAAGCGGUCCAACUAAAGAAGGAGGAUCUGCUGACAAUCUGACAGAAGCUGUUCGUUGCAAGCAGUUUCAGCAAGGCAGUGUCACACAGGACAGGAUCCUUUCAAGAUGUCAAGCUCUCUGGUCGUGUGUGAGGUGGAAGAAAGUCUGAGAGAAAAACUGAAAAAGUUCAGAUUUCGAAAAGAAACCAACAAUGCAGCCAUACUCAUUAAAAUAGAUAUGGCGAAACAGCUUGUUAUCCUCGAGGAGGAGUAUGAGGAUAUCUCACUGGACGACCUGAGAAAUGAGCUUCCCGAGCGCCAACCCAGAUACAUUGUCUACAGCUACAAAUACACCCAUGCAGAUGGGAGAGUGUCUUAUCCCCUCUGUUUCAUUUUCUCAAGCCCAAUGGGGUGUAAGCCAGAGCAGCAGAUGAUGUAUGCAGGCAGCAAGAAUCGACUGGUCCAAAUCGCAGAACUCACAAAGAUCUUUGAAACCAGGAAUGCCGACGACCUGACGGAAGAAUGGCUCAAGAACCAGCUGGCAUUUUUUCGCUGAAACUGCUUCUUCUGCUUCUUCUGCAACUUUCAAACCAGCUUUUCAUUCCCUAAGCAAGAUYCUGAAUUUGACUUCCUGUUUUGUUUGUUGUGACAGUAAAACAUUCACUUACAGCAACAGAGUUUUGGUUUCCAAGUCAUUUUAGAUGCGUUGCCUGUUUUUCCUUAAUAUUGUAACAUAGGAUUUCUGUGAGCUUCCAUGAAAUUUAUUGAGUCAUCAAGUUAAUUUACCUUAAAAUUUAAGCAGAUUAUACUGUAUAUACAUUUUUCUUCUGAUGUUGAUGUUUUUCAAUUCUGUAAGUGUAAGCUAAACAUCAAACAGCUGUUCUUCGUACGUUUUARCCCUGAUUUCAAGCCAAACCAUGUUAAAUAUAUCAUACGUUUAGAUGAAUAUAAAAAUKUACACCAAUUCUUACGUGAUUGGUGUUACGUAAGAAUGUUUAGUAAUGACUUGAUCAGAACUGCAACAUAUAAAACGAAUGAAAGUAAUUUGAAGUAUUCCUCUAAAAUAAAAUUUAAGCUUUUCCUUCAACUGA